AUGCGCUUCUCCAAGCUCGCCGCCGCCGCCGUCCUCGCUGCCCUCUCAGGCGUCGAGGCAGGCCCCAUCGCCUACGGCCUCUGCCAAACCGGGUGUAACACCGUCGCUGUAGCGUGCUACGCCGCCGCGGGCUUCACGUUCGGGACAGUCAUCGCGGCCCCUGCGGCCCCCGCCGCUGUCCUCGCGUGCAAUGCCGCCCUUGGCGCCUGCUCCGCGACUUGUGCGACCAUCGGGCUGUUCGCGCCCACCCCGUGA